UUUUGAUUUUUGUGAACCCGGCACAAGCUAAGAAUCCGUUCAGGAGCAUACGCCGGAAAACAAACUUCAUUCCUUCCUUCCUUCCUGAACUUCUUUCUAAGAUUUAAGGAAAGGCAGUUACUGCAAUAAGAAGGUCCAAAUAUGUCUGAAAAUGCUGAAGAUGUAAUUAUCAAGCAGCAAACAAUAUUAGAUAAUUUCUUUAAUUUAUUAGGAAGUUUCUCUUAUGACAAAGCAAAAGAGUAUUUGGAGAAAGAGCGAGAUCUUGCUGUUAAAAAUCACACUGUUGCUCCGUUUUUCAGUUCAGCAUUGUCAGCAUUUGCAUCUUUAGCAGCUGCAGAAAAAAAUUAUGCAAAUUUUAUGUUCUUGGGACCAAAAGGAUUUUUAAGAAAAGAUAGUUCUCUGAAGUCGAUGUACGAAGGACUAAUGAAUGAAUACCAACGUCUAGAAGAAAAGCACUACAUCACACCAGUUUCGACUCCUACCAUGUCACCUUCAUCUUCCUAUAGAACUCCCUCUCCACCCUCCUCCUCUCCUGUGAGUGUCGGUAGUGAAGUUUCCGGGUCUGCAGCAAGUUCCUUUGGAAGCACUGGUUCUGUGCGAGGCAGCACGCACAACUUGCCGGCGUAUCUUGGGGAAGAUGUUCUAGAAAACUUGGCUAGCCAUCUUUGUGGUCAGCUGUUGAGUUUUGUUCGAGCACGCCUGAAAACAAUGGAAUUCUAUGAGAAGAUGUACUCCAUGGGUUCCAAUAGAUAUAUGAAGUUUGAUGUACUAUUAAAUUCAAUUAGUGAUAUUGUUAAAACCAAUUUAAAAUUGUUUCAUCAUCCUAUGCUGUCCCCUUUGAAAUCUGCUUUUAGUUUUGAGUGUGAAACUAUCAUGAAACUUCUGGAAGCUGAAAUUCACAUGCAGAAUUGGAGAUUUCUUCCUUCUCUUUUAUGUUUACAUGAUGCACAUUCUAAAUUAGGAGCUUGGCAAAAUAUGCCAAAAGAGAUUAAAAAAAUAUCGACUGCUGUUUCUUCCAAACCCCCACCAGCUCCUGGAUUGUAUACCUGGUUACGAAAUCUGAAGGCUGCUCUUGUGUCUAAAUUUACACUGUAUUUUCAUGAAAUCCUCAGUAAGCAAACAACACCUGCUGAUAUGAAGAACUUCUGUGCCAAGGCUUCAUUUGACUAUUUCUCAAAAAUAACAUCAUUUCAAAAAAAGUAUGAUGUGGCUUGCAUAGCUAUAGUGCUUGAUACUGCUGGGUUAGAUGACUUUUCUGGCCAUGGUUACUGCCAUCCCCAGAAAGCAUUUGAAACACCAAAGGGCUUGGAUUCUUUUCCUCCUAUUGUUUCUUACCCUCCUAAUUUCUUUAGUCAAGAAAAGCUGGCAACACAUUGGCCAAGUGUUGUCAUGAUAAUGAAUAACAAAGAACAAGAUAUUCGUAACACUGAAACAGCUGUCUCAAUAUUUGAUCCAAGGAUGAAUGCCACAUACUUUCUCUCUAAAAUUGAAGCUCGAAUGACAUUGGUUGUUAUAUUUGAGAGCAAAAAAACCGAAAGAGAUUCACAUAUUCAUCGUUUUAUGCAAUUGCUGUGUACUCAAUUAAGGGGUAAUAAACUGUUUACAAGUAUCAAACCAGGAUCUAAAUGAUGCAAUAUAGUAUAAAUGAUCAAUGAGAUGUAAAAUAAUAAUGAAAACUUCUGCAAUUAUAAGUAAGUAAUUUCAGCAUGUUUAUAAGCGAAAGAGUAUGAAGUAAUAAUAAGAGUGAAUUUUAGUGCACAAAUUUCAUAUGCUAUUGAAUCCUCUUGUUUUCAUAUACAUAUCAUUGUAUAGUAACUUUAUAUACAGCAGUAUCUAUACUUUAAUCUGACUGAACUUUUAUUUAAUAAGAAUAAUUAUAGUGUGAUAGAUACCAUUAUUUUCAUAUUCUGAUAUUGUUAGAAGAUUUUUGUGAAGUUUAUACAAUAUGCCUAAUCUAUUCAUGGUCCAAUAGCUCAUUUCUAAAGUGUUCAAGAAAUUUUAUAUUAUUUCCGUCAUUGAAGGUAAAUUUUUAUAUAGCCUCCAAUCAUACUUAGUAAAAAUGUCCUGAUAUGCUAAUAUUUAAAAACAGAACUCUAUUAUUAGUAUUAAAAUGGAUUGAGUUUGAUUUUCAUAAUUUUAAGUCAAAGUCAAGUUUUCAAGCUGGUAUUCGAAAUAGUUGUAAUAAAUGAUUUCUAAAUACAAACACAAUUUGAGUUCUUGUUUUUACUCAAACUUAAAAACCAAAAGUCGAGUUGUUACAAAGUGACAAGUGUGAGUAUCUCGUGUAUAAGCAAUAACUGUUUAACAUCACAACUGAAUUAUCUUUUACAUAGUGAUAUACAAACUCAAUUAUAUUUAUAGUUUUUAUACCGUGCCAUGCCCUUACAAGACUCUAUAAUUUUCGAGCAAUGCAUUUAUUGACAGAACAUAAAAUAUAAUCUUUUACAUCGUUUAAAGCGAAAGCUAUGCUUAUUUUCUAGCAGUAUACAAAUGGGCCAUUGGAUGACAUUUAAAGUAGGCAUACUAUAUAAAACUUUUUAUAUAAACAUGACUUGUGAGAAUUUCUGCUUCAUACUUAAUGCAUAAAUGAUUAAAAUAAGAUGUGGACAUUUUCUUUUUCAUGACUGUGAUAUUCAAAAAAAUUGUUGUAAAUAUUUGAAUAAAUGCCAUUUUUAAUUAUUGUACAAGUGCAGAUUUAAAACAUUUUUAUAACGAAAAUAACUUAUACUACUAGCGCAUUUCUUCAGACACUAUGAUUUAAAUUAAAUACAAUAAUUUUUAAAAUUUUUACUAUCUAUUGAAUGGCUUUUUUUAUGCAUGUGUAUAGAUGCUGUUGCUUGCUAAGUGAUCCCCCCCCAUUAUUUGUAACAAAUAUGACAGAUUUUUUCCCUCCAUUUUUAGAAAUCAUGUGCCAUCUGAUAGGCAUACCAAAUGUUAUAAAAAACUCCCAGUUUUUAAUCCUCCUUGUAAAAUUGAAACGGCAUUGCUUAUUAAACAACAUUUCAUUUUCAAUAAAGAUCUCAUCAGAAAGAAUUGAAAUUUAAAGACAAUUAAUAUAGGUUCCUUGUGCUUCUGAAAUAUUA